CAAAUACCGUAUAUUUGUUGCAGUAGAGAAAAAGCCUCCGAUUAUGGCACCAUCUGGAAGAAAGCAUGCAGGGAAAGCUGGUAAACCAAUACAGGAAGAUCAAGCCUUAUGUGCCUAUGACUUUCAGGAAGAGGAAAAGAAAAACUUGAGUGGAUCAGAAGAAGAUAUUAGGGAAGGUGACACUCCAGUAAUUGAUAAACAUGGGAAAAAAAGACCUUCAGUGAUUCCUCAUGCGGUAGUUGAAGAAGAUGUGGGGGGUGAAGUACAGACUAUGUUGGAACGAUUUGGAGCUGACAUUAACAAGGCUCUCUUGGCUAAGAGGAAAAGAUUAGAAAUGUAUACUAAGGCUUCUCUUAAAACCAGUAACCAGAAAAUUGAACAUGUUUGGAAAACACAGCAAGAACAGAGGCAGAAGCUCAACCAGGAGUAUUCCCAGCAGUUCCUGACUUUAUUUCAACAAUGGGAUAUGGACGUGCAGAAAGCAGAGGAACAGGAAGAAAAACUAGCAAAUAUGUUUCGCCAGCAACAGAAGGUUUUUCAACAAGCAAGAAUAGUUCAGAGUCAGAGACUGAAAACAAUUAAACAGCUGUAUGAGCAGUUCUUAAAGAGUAUGGAAGAACUGGAGAAAAAUCAUGAAAACCUUCUAGCAGGUGCACAAAAUGAACUUCGCAAGGAAAUGGCUAUGUUGCAAAAGAAAAUCAUGAUGGACACUCAACAGCAAGAGAUGGCAACUGUUCGCAAGUCUCUUCAGUCCAUGUUAUUCUGAUGGCUCAGUGAAGAAACAACUUGCACCUAAGUAACAUGAUACAAUUAUAGCCAUUAGCCAUGGAAAAAUAAGUCUGUUCCUUUAAAAUUCCAAUUUAAGAGUUCCUAUUAAUCAAACUGUUACAUGUAUUGUUUCAAUAAUGUUACUAGUGAACUUGCUAGUCAUAUUUUUCAUGUUCUUAAUGGAAGAGAUUGCAAACUGGAUUCUUUCCUCAGAAACUAUUAAUAUGUCUGCCCGAAUCCUCCUUAACCUUGUUGCAGUGAGAGUUGCUUUUCUAACACUAAGGCAGUAUUAUAAAAUGCAAGACUAUAGCAGUAUGGAGGUUAAUAGAUGUUUACCUCUUGGAACAGGUGAAUGUGUACCAUAGGUAGCAUUAAUGCAAAAUGGAUCACAAAAUUCCACCAAUAAUGACAUCACAGGAUUAAAAGGACACAUUAAAAACUUGAUGCUGUUAUGCAAAAAUGUACCUUUGCAACUUUGUAAUUUGUGAACUAAAGAAACCACCAAAAUAAUCCUAGGUUCUGUGUGUACAUCUUGCAUAUUUAGCAGGAUAACAUACUGGAAAGUUUAGGAAUUAAAAGUAUGCUACACAUGAAUUAUAUUUCUUUGGUACUUUAGGUUAUUAGACUACAUCUUGAGGGUUUUUUUUAAAGUAUCAUUAGUAGCCUUAUUAUAAGCUGUACGUUGUACUUUACUGCACUAGCAAGGACAUACGUUUGCCAAGAAGGCAAGACUCGUUAGUCAUGUUAAACCAGCUGUUUUGGCUUUACAGCAUAGCGCACAUAAUUGGUUUAAAUGAGCCAAAAUAAACAACAAUUUACAACA